AUGGUUGGGGUGAACAGCCUCCUUCUGUUGUCCGCCGUGUACGACUACGUCAAGUUCAAGAGGAAGGUCACUGACAAGGAGGUCAGGUCCAAGGUGGAGGCCAGGUCCAAGGUGGAGGCCAACUUGGGGACUCCUAAGAUUGAGCCCACCAAGGACGGGACCAAGGCCACCAAGAAAGGGACCAAGGCCACCAAGAACGGGACCAAGGCCACCAAGAGCCUGGUGGAGCCCACCAAGAACCGGGUGGAGCCCACCAAGAACGGGGUGGAACCCACCAAGAACGGGGUGGAACCCACCAAGAACGGGGUGGAACCCACCAAGAACGGGGUGGAACCCACCAAAAACGGGACCAAGGCCACUAUACAGAACCGGGUGGAGCUCUACCAAGAACCGGCCGAGAGAGUGAAGCCCACCAAGAGCCGGGUGGAGCCCACCAAGAGCCGGGUGGAACCCACCAAGAGCCGGGUGGAACCCACCAAGAGCCGGGUGGAACCCACCAAUAGCCGGGUGGAACCCACCAAGAGCCGGGUGAAGCACACCAAGAUCCGGGUGGAGCCCACCAAGAGCCGGGUGGAACCCAUGGUGGUGUCGUGGGAUGUCUCAGUACCCAAGUCCUGCCUGGGAGCAGUGGUCGGCCCUGGGGGCGCUAACUUGGCUCGCCUCUCGUACAAGUACUUGGUGGAUGUUACACUUCACCCAACAUCCGAAACCAAACUACUUGUGACCGGUGUGAGGCACCAGGUCGGCGCCGUCUGCAAGAUCAUUAAGUCAAUGGCUGCAGACGAGAAGCUCAGGCAAAAGGGCCAAGAACUUAUAACGUACUCUAUGUACAUCCGCCCAGCCUUGAGAAGGCACGUGGUUGGUGCUGGCGGUCGUUUCCUCCGCUCACUCGUAAGUUAUUAUGACGUGGAAGUUGUCGUCCCCAGCUACAUCGAACCUAACGACCCAGUUUGGGUCAUGGGAGAGGCGUACCGGGUAAUGGCUGCAGUCAAGGCCAUAAGGACACAAAUUAAUGCCUCUAUUGGCGCAUCUCACACAUGA